ACAGCGACAACAUGAACCUACUGUCAGCUUUCAGGUUUCAAGCCGCUCCGGCUUAUGAUACGGAAGAUUUAUACGAUCUACUCGUUGCCGUCCUCCCCACUUUUGCCGCCUUAGCGGACAAUGUGUUAAAACAGCUGGAGGCCUCCAAUAGUGAUUUAACGACGCAAACCUUUCAUCUUCAUUUCAAGGCGAAGAUGGUCAAUCUGUAUGCCGUUCUUUUCACUUGGGACCCUACCGAACAUGUGCAAAGGCUUUCCGCAGACGAAGACGAAGUUCGAAACAACCUUUUGGGGGUCUUGAGUGAGCUCGAAUCUCGCUUCUUAUCUUGGAAGAGUAACGAUAUUGGAUUAGCAUGCAAACGAAUGGGCCUUGAACGUAAAAAAGAAGACGAGACUUACCUAAAACUCCGCGCUCUUAGGAGGAUCUUACCCGAAGAUUGUAACCCCGAUGAAAAGCUUGUGGGCACUCUAACUACCAUCAUUCGGAUCGACAACAAGCGCGCCGAUAAGCGAGAGCGGCUAUUGCAAACUCUUGACCGAGCGUUCGGCUUCUUCUUUAGCUUGCAACCAUUCGGAACAGAAUCCGACUCAUCAUGCCCGAUAAGAUUCUCGGAUUAUCCGUGGAAGCAUCUGUGGAAACUGACCAAGACGCUCUUUAACGUAGUAGAGAAGAACUGGUCUUGUCAAUGUUCAAUUAGCCCAUACCAUGCUGAUCGCAAAGCACGAUUAAAUUUAACCCAUUAUCAACGGUUUGAGACAGCCCCGACUCCGGGACAGGUCCUCUCCAAUAGUAAAGCCCUUUUUCGAGUAUUAUUCCCAACCGCUAACUCACGCGACACCGAGUGGCAGGACACGGAAAUCUCUGUCAAGAACCGAGAUUCUGAACGUGCCGAGCAUAUUGAAGUCGAAAAUGGCCUCUGCAGGGUUAUCCAGGGUGUAAAGGCAGGGAUUCGGCCGAGGAUGGUCGUUUUUUCAGAGAGGCUGUGGCAGCUAAAUGCUGAUGUUGAGAUUAAUCAGUUAUCCUCUCCCCAGGUACGGGAUAGUGAGUUUAAGUCCUUGAAGGACCUCCUUCAGCCGAGCCGAGAUAGUCGUGAGUCCUUGCUCUCAUCUAUCGAAGGAAAAGACCGUCUUAUCCUUUCGUUCGUGCUAGCGACAUCCCUCGUGCAUUUCAUUAGAGGGCCGUGGUUGCAGGCAAGUCUUAACAGCGAGAAUAUCUGCUUCUUAGUGUCUCACUCGCGAUUAUUGCCUGAUAUUACCAAGCCUUAUUUAACGACGAGAUGUUCUUCUCUAUCACCAAGGAAGUCACCACGGGAGCUCAACCAGCCGCAUCGGUUCCCAGACAUCCUUUCCUUAGGCGUCAUCCUCCUCGAAAUAGCACGGGGAUCCCCCAUUGAAUUCAGAGAACCCCAAGACCACUGCGUCGUUGCCCUUGAGUGCAUGGACAAAUGGACUAGAAUCUGCCAAACGGGUCGGUCGAGAACUGUUCCCGACGGGCUCCUCCGGGCGAUUUCAGCCUGCAUAGACCCAAAAGAAUUUAGGGAUAACGGCCUUGACAAGGCCGUCGUCAAAGACUUUGAGGUUAGGAAGUACAUAUUUGAAAGAAUUCUAUACCCCUUAGAAGAUGCACUUUGUACCGCCUACGAGAUUCAGUUGAAUAUGCUGCACAAGGACAUCGCCCGGGUAAAGCAAUCAAGAGGAGUUGGAUCGUUUGACCACCGGGAAGAGAAUCGACCGGAAAAGCGUGAGGCGGCCGAGGAAUGGCUCGAAUACUUGGAAGGUGUGCAUGACCUGUUCGACAAGUGCCAGGAUCAAUGUGGAAACCUACCGAGGGCAACCCAAAAGGCGACGCGUGUCAAAAUUGCCCUACUGGAUACGGGUCUCCAGCUCCCAGGAGCCCUUCAGGAAAACUAUGAAGAAGAGGAGAGGAUCAACGUCCAACAGUCCAAGACAUUUGUCCCUCCUGCGAAAAGAGGGGCUGUCCAUGAUUGGAGGAUUGAUAAUGACGGCCAUGGCUCUCGCGUGGGCCAGAUCAUCCUCGAAUUUGCCCCGGGAGCUGAUUUGCAUGUUGCAAAGGUUUUCCAGACCAGGGAUGACUUAGCGGACCCCGAAAUAGCUUCUCAGGUUCAUAAUCGUAUUGUUGAGGCUAUCGAGUACGCAACUACCGAAUGGAAAGUCGACAUGAUCGUGAUGUGCUUUGGAUUCGACGAGCCAAUACGCGCAAUCCGUAACGCUAUAGAUAAGGCUGCCAGUGCUAGCAAGCCGCCGCUAUUUUUUGCAGCGACGCGUAAUGAUGGCGCUCACAAGCGAAUGGCAUGGCCCGCAAAAGACCGGUCAGUCAUUGGGAUUAGCUCGACCGAUGGCUACGGUGACAUAUCCUCAUUCAACCCCGUCGAAAAUAAUUCAGAUCCCAUACUGUAUGCGUUUGGAGAAGGUGUCCCUGUUAGGGUUGCUGCUCUGGGAAAUGCCGACACGAAGUAUGUGUCCGGGACCUCGUAUGCCACUCCUGUGGCGACAGCGUUAGCGGCAAACCUGUUGGGCUGCGUUCGCAUGAUGACAACCUCUUCACAAGAAAACCAAAUCAUCUAUAAAAAUGUGCCGGAGGACUUGCAACGAUUGGACGGUAUGUUGGCGGUUUUAAGGCGUCAUAUGCGAAAAGAGCAUAAUUGCGGUACAGAGAGUCUACUCCCUUGGGAUUUCUUAAACGUUAAGCUGUUAGACAAGAACAAGAUUCUAGAAGAUGUAGCCAAGAUUUUGAGGGAAGGAUAGUGUUGUGGCGUUUUAUCCGGUUAAUCAUGUUAAGAUACCCCAAGAUUUCAAAGCUUCGAGAAAGAGCGGUAGAUGAAAGCGAAAUGUACCUAUAUUGGAGGAAAGGACGUUGUAAUUAGUGGUUAGGUUCUAAGUAAGUGCUAAACUUAAUGAGUUUCCAAGGUUCAG